AUGUUGAGAUCUGCUGCUGUCAGAAGGUCUUUAUCAAAGGGCGAAGUUUCUUCGUUACUUUCAUAUAGAUACAAAUCUUCUUUUGCAACUGCUUUGAACACUGCGGCUAGAUUGGUAACUCCAAAGGCAUUGUUGAAUAACCCAGUAUCAUUAGUAUCAAAUGAAAUGAACACAUUGGCGAAAAACAUAGUUACACUAAUUGGUUCAGGCCAUCCAUUGCUAAACCGAAUUUCAGGUUACUACUUUGAGGCAGAAGGUAAAAAAGUUAGACCUAUGCUUGUUUUAUUACUCUCAAGAGCACUAUCGCAGAUUCCACUGGAAGAAAGAGAUCGCAUCAAGAUUGAUUACACAGAUGUUCCGGAAGAUCCCGUAUAUUCUAAAGUGCAACACUCUCGACUUUUCGAAAACGUACCGGCAAGCAUUUCUCCAUUGCAUAUUCUACAUGGCAUUAAACCAUUGAAUCCACUAACUAAGGGUCCGGAACCAUUGCCCCAAGAGUUUGAUAGAGCAAGGGGCAUCCUUCCAAAACAGAGAAGACUUGCAGAAAUUGUGGAAAUGAUUCAUACUGCAUCUUUGCUUCAUGACGAUGUCAUUGACCAUUCGGACACAAGACGUGGUAGACCAAGUGGAAACAUCGCAUUCACAAAUAAGAUGGCCGUGUUAGCAGGUGAUUUCAUGUUAGGCAGAGCCACUGUAGCAAUUUCUAGAUUGAGAAAUCCAGAAGUCGUCGAACUAGUCUCCAACAGUAUUGCCAACUUGGUUGAAGGUGAAUUUAUGCAAUUGAAGAAUACCGCAAUCGAUGCCGAUCACACCACUUUCAACAAUGGCACACAACAUAUUCCACCACCACCAACCAAGUUUGAACUAACUGAACAUGAAUACAGGGUACCAACUUCUAGUACAACCAAUGGGACUCAACUGUCACAUGAUCAAUUAGUUGAUAUGGCAUUCGAUUAUUACUUGCACAAGACUUAUUUGAAAACUGCGGCUCUUAUCUCAAAAUCUUGUAGAGCUGCUGCAGUCUUAUCUGGUGUUCGUGAUCCAAUCAUUGAAGAGUGUUAUGAGUUUGGGAAGAAUUUGGGUAUUUGUUUCCAACUGGUCGAUGAUAUGUUAGAUUUCACGAUUUCCGCUAAGGAUUUGGGGAAACCAGCCGGUGCUGAUUUAGAACUGGGUAUUGCAACGGCCCCUGUACUUUUCGCAUGGAGAGAGGACCCAUCUCUUGGUCCUUUGAUCAAAAGAAACUUCUCUAACCCUGGUGACGUUGAGGCUGCUGCAUUGGCUGUGAAAAAGUAUGACGGUGUGGGCAAAACAAAUGAACUUGCUAAAGAUUACUGCAAUAAAGCAUUACAGAACUUACGCAAUGGAUUGCCUAAUAGCGAUGCCCGUUCAGCUCUAGAAUUUUUGACUAAUAGUGUUUUAACGAGACGCAAAUGA